UUAACGACCGGAUUCCAACGCGAAAACAGAUUAUUGUUUAGAUUCUGCGUAAACGGACGGUCAAGAUCGUCUGCCGCAUGCCUAAAAACAGUGCUCACUCAACUCAACACGCAAACACUACCCCCAAUCCCUUUCCAUACCUCAACGUGGAGAACGGAACAGCGCCGUAACUUAACUCAAACGGCGCUGUUUUCUUCGUUCCGAGUCAGACGCACGCUUUUCUUUAUUAGUGAUUUUGAUAUUACCUGCAUUGACGUCUUCCAGUGUUCGUCCCAAGAUGGUUGCCCAGAACUUUGUAGUUGAUUUGAAUAAGCCCCUUGUUUUCCAGGUUGGACAUCUUGGUGAAGCUUAUGAAGAGUGGGUUCAUCAGCCCAUUGUUAGCAAGGAAGGUCCCCGUUUCUUUCAAAAUGAUUUCCUGGAGUUCUUGACCCUCACAGCCUGGUGGGCAAUACCAGUCAUUUGGCUUCCGGUUGUAUGUUUGUUUGUAUAUAACUCUAUACAAAAGGGUCUCAGCUGUCCUCAUAUAGCUCUGAUGGUGGUUCUAGGCAUUUUUGUGUGGACAUUGCUUGAGUAUUCAUUGCACCGUUUUCUUUUCCACAUUAAAACAAAGACCUACUGGGGAAAUACCAUGCAUUAUCUUCUCCAUGGCUGCCACCACAAACACCCCAUGGAUGGUUUGAGACUUGUUUUCCCCCCUGCUGCAACAGCUAUAUUAUUGUUCCCGUUCUGGAACUUGGUGAAACUCCUUUCCACCCCUUCAACUGCUCCCGCUUUAUUUGGAGGGGGCUUAUUGGGUUAUGUGAUGUAUGAUUGCACCCAUUAUUACUUGCACCAUGGUCAGCCGAAGACCGGAGUUCCCCGAAAUCUCAAGAAGUACCACUUGAGCCAUCACUUUCGGAUCCAGGAUAAAGGCUUUGGGAUCACAUCAUCAUUAUGGGAUAGAGUUUUUGGAACACUUCUUUUAUCGAAAGCGGAUGACAAAAGUAUGUAAAUUACUGUCAGGGAUUGCAUAUGUUGGUUGGUUAAAAUAAUAGAAAAUUUAGGUAUUCCUGUUUUAUUUGUCUAAUUUAUUUUGCUCCCCAAUUAAUGUUUGUGGGGGUUAGCUUGCUAAUUUUUUGUCAAUUUUAUGGUGCCAAAGUUCUUCGAUAAUGAACACUGUAAAAAUUGAUAUCUUGUUUCAGAUUUAUGGUGGAAAUGGCAUCUACUUGUGUAUA